CAACUUCAAAGUAUAGGCUGUUUGUUUGCUUGUGAAUAUUUUGGUGAAGCGUUGAAUCUGAUCAGACUUGAAAACUCGCAUCCACGUCUUCUGAAUCAUGUUUUUGGCCAAAUCAAUCAUUGGAGGGAUUCUGGAUGCCGUGAGCCAUACUGAUCCUGGACAGUUUUCUCCUUCCCAGCCACCCCCUCCCAGGAGACCAUUACUACAUGCACAGUCUCCGCAAAAUGAAAGUGAUGAGGAGAGGCAAUUUCGCAAGGUUUUCCAACAGCUCGCUGGAGAUGACAUGGAAGUGAGUCCUAAUGAGCUGAUGAACAUUCUCAACAAGAUUAUAUCCAAAUAUCAUGACCUAAAGACUAAUGGUUUCUCACUUGAGACUUGCAGGAGCAUGGUGGCACUAAUGGAUAGUGACACCUCUGGAAGAUUAGGCUUUGAAGAGUUCAAGCAUCUGUGGAACAAUAUUAAGAGGUGGCAGGGAAUCUUUAAACAAUAUGAUGCAGACCACUCUGGGACGAUUGGAGUUGAUGAACUUCCAGCUGCAUUCAGAGCAGCAGGAUUUCCUCUCAGUGACCAACUCUUCAAGAUGAUCACUCGCAAAUACAGCGAUGAAAGCAGAAACAUGGACUUUGACAACUAUAUUGGGUGCCUGGUGCGACUGGAUACCAUGUGCCAGGCUUUUAAAAUACUUGACAAGGACAACACUGGUUCUAUCAAAGUCAACAUUAAAGAGUGGCUGCAGUUGACUAUGUACUCCUAAGUCAAGAGGAAAUCAUCUCAGUUCUGUGCCAUUUUAUUGUUCAUUGUUAUUGAGUGUUAUAAUUAUCAUAAGAAAAUGUCCCUCUAAUUUAAUAAGCCUUUUAAUUUGGAAACACACAUUUUAAUUGUUGAUUAGGUAGUGUAUUGCUACUUGAUGAUAAAGACCGUGCAGCAUCCUGUCACUAGGGGGAACCUUUGUGCUUACAUAUCAUUUAGCCCUACGCUCUCAAGAAGACAGUGUCUUGAAAAUAAAAUCAAUAUUAUACGUUAGCAACUUGGCAUUUAAUGUGGCUGUUGUCAUGGUAGUAGGUCAAGGCUGGUUAUGUGACAGCACAUGUCAUCAUCUUUAUUGCAAAUUACCCAAAAUAUGGGAAAAUUUUUCUUAUGGAACAUAUCAGAAUGCACAUUGCAUAAUGGGCGCACGGAUGAUACCCUGACGUCAAAACUAUUGUGACUUCCUCUUGUUUUAACUGCAAAUACUCAAAGAUUUUAAUUACAUCAAAUCAUGCUAUUUAAUUUUUAAAGCAAGUGGAACUGUUUAUAUGUGAGCGGCUUGGCAUUUAUUGUGUCUGCGAUUCACUAAUUCUAUGAAGUUAAUAGAUGUUUUGGUCUGACAGUGUUUAUGCAUAUGAGUGGUUUAUUCAUGGUAACAGUGUUUCAGCACCGCUACAGCUGUAGUUGACAAAUUAGUGGAUUGCCUGGUGAACAGCACAGUCCAGUAAACAUGAAAAACCUCGUAUUCCAGCUGUGGUUUUAAACCCGUGUGCAACAUAGUCUGAUAAAUUAUACAGUGAGUUGUUAUACCCAGGGGAAUGCCAUACACUCGCAGCUAUACAUGUUGCCAUUUUUUGUUGCCAUUUGAGGGACUUAUCACAGUACAUUAUAAAAUGCUUCAUAAAUAGGUGAUAGAUGUACACUGAUAUCAAAUGUAUCUUAAAUUUUAAAUGACUAUGUGUUCUAGGCUAAUGAACACAUGAACUGAUAAACACUGUGUUGGGAAAGGGGAAGUGGGUUGUUGC